GUGAUAAUCAUGUUAUUAUGUCAGAUUGAGUUUGACCUAUCGGAUUGCACCAUCUAGAGUUUCAUGGCAGAACUUUGGAUAUAAAUAGCAAAUAUAUAAUGUGUUUUUGGUUGUAGCCCAUAAUGACUGAUUGACUUAGCCAAACUUAGCAAACUUGAUGCACAUGGACAAUAGGACAUUAUAAGGAAACCUGUACAGUUUCCUGAAUUUUCAAUGCUUAGAGGCACCAUACUGUACAAUGCUAACGGCGUGAUUCCAAUCAAAGAAGUUUUUUUUUUUUUUUUAAUUGGCUGUUUUGCAACAGCAGGUGUUUAUGCCCUGAAGUCGGAAGUAGGAAGAAAUUGUGACAGGAAAUACCGGUUGGUUAUGAAAGACAGGGGAAGAACUGGUUGUACUGUUUACGUAUAAUCAUAGGAUCUGUGGUCCUCUCAGUUGUCAUGUUUCUCCUACCCCCUCUUGUUUUUCUUCUACACACACUCUCUUUUUAGUGCUUGUGUGAGUCAGCAAAACGCUUGCUUCAUGCUGGAGCUCCAGUGGAAAUGAGAGUCAUGUGUGGAAGAUGAUCCAGGGCUGGUGACUGAACCAGGCAGAGAAGAUGCUGCUCCUGCAGUGUUGUGGCCCCUGAGGUUAGAUUAGGCCUGUACUGACUGAAUGUGUGUCACACCUCACCGGGUGUGUCCAAAGGUCUGCUGUGCCUUGUGCAGCUUCACUCAGUAAGAGAAUAAGAGAGAAAGCAGCCGGGAGAAGGAGUGAAACAGCAUUACUUCUGUAUUAAAAUAGCAAUGGCACUAUUGUUUUUCUGCCAGCACUGGCUCGUAUGGCUGUAUGUGGCGGCACCCAUGGGAACGAGCUGUCCGGUGUGUAUGUUGUACACGCUGUGGAGCGACAGCGGAAAGAAAAGGGAGAGGGUGUGUGGCCGAUUCCUGUAACAACUGUGCUGUCAAACCCAAGGGCUGUGAAAGAGUGCAGAAGAUACAUUGACACGGAUAUGAACCGCUGCUUCAGCAGAGACACGCUGAGUUCUCCUAUUACAGACAGCAGCCCGUAUGAAGUCCGGCGUGCUCAGGAACUGAACAAUCUGGUGGGACUGAAAGGAUCCACAGAUGCAAUAGACUUGAUCUGUGACCUUCAUAACACCACGUCCAACAUGGGCCUCACACUCAUCCUUUGCACAUCCAGUGACUGGGUGACCCUGCACAUCUGCAAAUACUUACAGACUAAGAUAACCAAAGUGCCUGUGAGAGUGCUGGUACUGGAUUUCCCGAUUAGUGAUGCUUAUUCCUUGGAGUCGGUAUCCAAGCAUGGCUUUACUCUAGAGGUCGGGCCGCAGCCGCAUGGUGUCGUCAGAGCUGACAUCUAUAUCAUUAUGAAAGAGGCCGUCGACUUGACAAUAGACUGGAUCCACAAAUUCAACUCCGGAACAGUGUUUGAAGGCGGGGAUGUAGAAGCCUAUAUGUUAAUCAAAAGUGUUGAUUAUCCCAGAGAUCCAGAGACUCGGACUCUCACUGCUGCCAUUCAUCCUCAGCUGCAGGACAAAGACUUCUGUCUUCUCAAGCGGGGAGACCCUUUAUUUUUGUCAUUUUCUGGAGAAACCGUAAACUACGAGGAAGAAGAGACACUUCAUCCUUUCUUUAUCAAUGAGGCUGCUUACUAUGAAAAGGGAAUUGCUUUCCAGUUGGCAAAAAAGAUGAUGCUGACGAUUCCAGCGGUGCGAGUUCAGAAAGACUGAAGGUUGAGAGAGGAAAAGAUAUUAAACUUAGCACAAUUACCACCAUCAAUCAGUUGAUGUCACAAGAAUGUCACUGAAAUGAUUUUUACAACCACUUGUAACUCAGGUAUACACUAUGUACUUAUUUUUAGCUAUAUGACAAUGAAUGGCUCAUUUAUCUGCUGCUAAAACACGAGCAACAGCGUUUUGAAUGAAAAGAUGUUUAUUGUGACCAGCAAACUGUUCACUUGACAGAAACGUGUACAAAACUGUAUAAAAAAGGCAAAACCAUCUGAAGUAUUGACAUCAUGAUGAUGUCACAGUGGAGUGUGAGGUAUCCUCUUGACUGUAUUGCUAAUAUACUUUCGCUCCUGCCUGAUUGCUUUGAGAAAAUGGACUUGAAAUAAAAAGACAAAACAAAAAGCACACUCACUUGAAAAAAAUGUGACUUCAAAUAUUACAACACAAAGAAUAAACACAUGGCACAAUGAAAACAAGUGAA